AUGCUUCUUGCGGAGCCCGAAGAGGAGAUGUGUGAGAAGCAGGUGGCCCGGGAGCUGGCUGCUGUGUGCGGGGAUCAUGCUUUCAUGGAUUGUCCAGGGCACGAUGGCUGCAGAGGUAUCUUGAAAUGCAUUAUUCCCAACACAGUGGAGACUCAGAGGACUCGCAGAGGGCAGUGCAGCCUGUUGUCUGCCGUUGCGUCUUGUGUGUUCCUGCAGUUUGAUUGA